ACAGAGUAAGGGACUGUUUGGUAGCCUCUUAAUGACCAUUCAUUCAGAUGUUACCUCUUAAUGGUUUAAAACCUCUGAAUGAAUAAGAGGUAACCUCUGAAUAGUAAAUCAUCACAUGUCACAUUUUUCUACCUUCUCAAUGGUAAAAUUCUUAAUAGUUCCAUUACCAAACAGCCCCAAGUGUAAACACCACAACUGUAAGAUACCACCGAAAUGACGUCACAAACACUCCGGCAGUGUGGAAUCGCUGCACCUAUUGACGUCAUCAGCGAAGACCUUCUACAGAACAUCGUGGCUAGACUUCCGGCAACCUCCUUCGCCUCCGCCGCUUGCGUCAGCCGUUCAUGGAAGGUCGUCUGCGACCGCGUUCUUUCUCGUCCGAAGUUCGCCUCUGCAUGUUCCCUCAAUCGUUCACUCGAGAAUGCUGUAGAAGAGGUGGUGAAUAAAGUACUAUCGAAGCCGAUUCGUCCUCACUUUGCCAUUGCUUCUAUUGGUGGCUAUUAUGGCGACGUUUUGAGAGAGGCUCACCAUCUCAUUACUGCAGCACUAGGUACUAAUAUUCCAGUCAUUACUAAUCAUACCUGCGGAAUAAUUGAAAGGAAUGCAACUUCUCAUAGAUCCUAUGACGUUGAGUGGUAUUUUCGAGACCACGAGAUUGAUGCAAUAAUGUUGAUUGUUGGAUUUCUACCAGGGUUAAAAGUCACAAUACUCCCACUUUUAAACCAAAUUCAGGAACCAGAAGCGCUAAUGAUUGACGAAUUCGUAACAGACAUUAGGGAGUUCUCAACUUCGGUUUCUGGAUGUAACUCCCCUGCUGCCAUCAUAGUGUUUGGUGACCAUUAUUAUUCAUGCAUGAGAGAUGUUAUAGAGAAAUUAGAUUAUGCCAUGUCACCAGAAACCGUCAUUGUUGGUGAUGCUUUAUCUAAGUUCCGAUGUACCAGUGAUGCUGAAUUUGGUACUUCCGCUGCUGUUGCCUUGGUAUUUGCGGUGGACAGGAAUAAACCUCCUGGUAUAGGAGAAACUCAAUUUCAUGCUGUAUUAUCAAGCGGAUUGUCACCAGUAGGCCACACACCACAUCUGUUAUUGAGAAAACUGGUGUUUUUACUGAUAUUGCUGCAAGAAGAGAAGGGUCGGUUGAGAAUAUUAAUGUUGAAACUAUUCUGA